AUAUUAAUAGGGGUCCCCUUCCUCGCUUCCCGUUAUGCUAUCCACUCAACAGAACUCUUAUUCGUUUGUUCUUGUUGUUGUCUCUGUACCUUAAGCUUCUGUUUCAUUAUUCCUUAGAAAUGGUUGCUUUGGUUUCUCAAGAAAAUGUUGUAGUAUUGGUUUCUCGUACUGGUAGAGAAUUGCAGCGUUAUAAAAAAGGUCGUCGCCAAGUUGUGGGAUGCAUACCAUAUAGAUUUAAGAUUGGGGAGAAAAAUACCUUGGAUAUUUCAGAUGAAUUGGAGGUUCUUGUUAUAAGUUCUCAAAAAGGCAAAGGGAUGCUAUUUCCAAAGGGAGGUUGGGAAAUAGAUGAAUCUCAAAAGGAAGCAGCUUUGAGGGAAACUAUAGAGGAAGCUGGUGUAAGAGGCAUUGUUGAGGGUAAAUUGGGUAAAUGGAGCUUCAAAAGUAAAACACAUGAUACAUUAUAUGAUGGCUAUAUGUUCCCUCUACUUGUUCAAGAGCAAUUGGAAUUUUGGCCUGAGCAAAAUUUGCGUCAAAGAAAAUGGAUGAAUAUAAAAGAGGCAAGAGAUGUUUGUCAACACUGGUGGAUGAAAGAGGCUUUGGAUAGACUUGUAAAUCGUCUCUAUGGUCAAAAACAAGUUAUAUGUCCUCUAAAUUGCAUUGGAGAUGCCAAAUCUGACUUGUUAAUAGUGUAAUUUCGUGGAGGGUAGAGCUCAAUUUUUUUUUUGUGUUUCUUCAAGUUGAGGAGAAGAAGAGUAGUAGGAUCCAAUGAAUUGAGCCAAAUGAAGAUCAUAGUAUAUAAAUAAUAUAAAAUUUAAAUAAUAGUAGAUUGUAGAUCUCACUUAGAAGUUUGCAAUUCCCUCAAAUAUUAUUAUUAUUUUUAUGAAAAGAGAAAGAGAGAGCCAAUUUGAUCAUGACCUACUCAUCUUAUAAUGAGAGGGUCAAAUUUCAAUUGUGGAAAUAAAUAUUAAAUGUAUUUUUGGGAAUUCACUUCUUCUUUAUUGCAAAACUUCUUGGGGGCAACAAACAUAUUGCUUUGCUUUUUUGAGCAAUAGAUUUGUUCUAAUGUAAUGAGGAGCCAGAGCAAAGGGGUGAUAUGAAUAUUUGAUUGUUCCACCUUAAUUUACUUUGUGAUCUGAUUAUUGUUUGUGGAUUAUAAGUUCA